AUGGACGACUUUGCCAAGUCCGAUGCAUACUUCAAUGACUUCCUGAAUCCCCGGGACUCGGCACUUGAUGCUGCCUUGCAGAACAGCCAGGCAAAUGGUCUUCCUGAGAUCGCGGUCAGUGUUGCGCAGGCCAAGUUCCUGAAGAUAACCGCACAGUCAAUGAAGGCAAAGAGGAUUCUCGAAGUCGGGACUCUUGGCGGAUACUCGUCUAUUUGCUUUGCUAGAGCGCUACCUGACGACGGAAAACUUGUUACGCUAGAGCUAUCUGACAAGCAUGCCAAAGUUGCUAGAGAGAACAUCGAUGGUGCAGGCCUGUCAUCCAAGGUCGAAGUGAAGGUCGGGCCAGCUGUCGAAACUCUCAAGACUCUCAAGUCCGACGAUCCUUUCGAUCUCGUCUUUAUUGACGCAGACUGGUUGAACAUUCCAGUAUACUUCAACGAGGCCAAGAGAUUGACAAGACAGGGAGCCAUAAUUAUUAUUGAUAACGUCAACUGGAACGGUCAGACAGCACUGCAGCCUGCAAAUACCAGCAACGAAGGUGUCAAAGCGAUUAGAAGACUGUUGGCCCAGUUGAAGGAGGAUAAAGAAGUCGAAGCGACCGUUCUUGGGUUGGCUGGAGCUAAACAGUUUGACGGGAUGUUGUAUGCCAUUAAACUGUGA